AUGGAGUGUAAUUGUAAUUCCUCUCUGGGUCCUUUUCCCUCGACUUACUGGAGCAGAACAGUGCUGUUCCCUGAUUGGGCGUAUAAACCAGCGUGGUCUCCAGGCUCGCGGCAGGUGCAGUUAUGGCACUUCCUGUUGGAUCUGUUGGGGCGUGGCGAAGGCGGAGCGAUCACGUGGGGCAGCGAAUGGGGAGAGUUUGUGAUCAGAGACCCAGAGAGAUUGGCUAAACUGUGGGGGGAGAGGAAGGGCAAACCGCACAUGAAUUACGACAAACUCAGCAGAGCUUUAAGGUAUUAUUAUAAUAAGCAAAUUUUGCACAAGACCAAAGGGAAACGUUUCACCUACAAGUUUAACUUCAGUAAACUAAUCUUAGUGAAUUACCCAAGUCUUCCAACCUGCCCACAGAAUCCAACAUCUGUCCCUUUUUCUGUUUUUCCUUCUCAGCUUUCCUUCUACAACCCUUCUAUUGACAGGGCUGUGCAAUCAAUUUCUCAUCCCUUUCUGCUGCCCUAUACCUACCCCAAACCCCUCCCCUUUCCCCAGACACAUCCAAUCCGAAGGCAGCUUCCCCUUUUUUAUGGCCCGCCUCCCUCAGGGACUAACCUAUCAGACCUCUCCUGCCUGUCACCAGUCAACUCCACCCUUCAGUUCACCCGAACUUUAAACUGGCCAGUCAAAAGCAGCACAGAGUGGCCUCUCAACAGGGUCUUGGGAUUACAAGAGAGGAGUGGAGCGCAAGACAAAAGCCAUGACAACCAAGAAGACAGAAAAAUAUUUCCUGAGACCAUGCACUAG